GAUUUUCAGCAGACAGGCUUUCGUGCAUGCUGCAACGAGAGGGAAAUACAAGUGACAUCGGAACAAGCCGAGGUGUUGAUAAUCGCUGAUUCCACAGAACUAGAUUACGAGACAGGAUUCAAUUUGCGAUAUAUACAAGAUUCCGGACAACCGCUGCCUAAACCGCCACCAUCCAUCUGGGUACCAGGAAGUGAGAAUCGCGGAUUCCGAGGUGGAGCUAAUAUUGGCGGUCCUGUCGAGAAGUUCAUUCUCAAUGUUAUUCCAAAAAUCAGGGAUCCUUCAAGGCCAUUGGAAAGCAUUGCAAGUAUUGUCACUGAAUACAGUGUGGCCAGCUUGCUUGGAAUUAGGAAUUAA